AAGGAAACGUGUCUUGAGGAGGGACUUACUCAAUCAGUGCUUCAGACUGUUGUUAAUCCGGUCGAGUGGCGAACGUGCUAACAUGCUAACUCGGGAUUACUUGACGGUGAAUCAUUGCGAUUGAAGUGAAAUUUCGGUGAAAUUGACGCAGGAAAACCUCAGAAACAUUACCAGAGAGGAGCGUGUGCGCACGGGCAGCGGACGCAAAACGUGAUGGGAAGUUGAGGAGAAAGUUUGCAACUUGUUGACGGCUUCCAGCUAGCUGUGCUGUUAGCCUGCCGGUGGCUGAUCGACAAGUUGAGAGUCCAGGAUUUAGACGGAUCCAUGACCCACUCCCCGGUUCUGUCCGCCUUGUUCGGCAUGACGGACGAGUCCGAACCGCUGGGAGCCGCUGAGUUGAUCAAAGAGCGUCUGUAUUUCGCUACACUACGAAGCAAACCCAAAAGCACAGCCAACACUCACUACUUUUGCACGGAUGAUGAGUUUGUCUACGAAAAUUUUUAUGCAGACUUCGGUCCUCUCAACUUGGCUAUGUUGUAUCGAUACUGCUGCAAACUGAACAAGAAGCUCAAGUCCUUCACAUUGACCAGGAAACGAAUCGUUCACUACACCAGUUUUGACCAGAGGAAGAGGUCCAAUGCUGCCGUGCUCAUUGGAGGAUACGCUGUGAUCUACUUGAAGAAAACUCCAGAAGAAGCUUACAGAGCUCUGGUCUCUGGAUCCAACGCCUCCUACCUUCCCUUCAGGGAUGCGUCAUUUGGGAACUGUACCUUCAACCUGAACGUUCUCGACUGUCUGCAGGGCAUUAGGAAGGCUCUCCAACACGGAUUCUUCGACUUUGAGACGUUUGAUGUGGACGAGUAUGAACAUUACGAGCGGGUUGAGAAUGGAGACCUUAACUGGAUUGUUCCAGGCAAACUUCUGGCCUUUAGCGGACCACAUCCCAAGAGCAAAAUAGAGAACGGUUACCCUCUCCACGCCCCUGAGGCCUACUUCCCCUACUUCAGGAAGCACAACGUGAGCGCCGUUGUGCGUCUCAAUAAGAAGAUCUAUGAUGCCAAGCGAUUCACAAACGCUGGCUUUGACCACUAUGACCUCUUCUUUCUGGACGGGAGCACACCCAGCGACAUGAUCACCCGCCGCUUCCUAUCCCUAUGUGAUGGUGCGCUUGGCGCCAUGGCGGUUCAUUGCAAAGCUGGUCUGGGAAGGACGGGCACUCUGAUUGGCUGUUACCUCAUGAAGCAUUACCGCUUCACUGCGCCUGAAGCCAUUGCAUGGAUCAGGAUCUGCAGACCCGGAUCUGUGAUUGGACCGCAGCAACACUACCUGGAAGAGAAACAGGCAUGGCUAUGGUUGCUGGGAGACAACCAGCGGGCCCAGAAGUCCAAGACGGAGGAGAGGACGGUGCCUCACCUUAUCGCCAGUAUGGAUGACCUCACUUUAAACACCACAAAUUCCGCCCACAACAGUAGCAUCCAACCUUCAUCUAGCUCUGACUGCCUGCUGGAGAGCAACGUGACGGAGCGGUCUGCUCUAACUCAGGGAGACAAAUUGAGAGCCCUAAAGAGUCGACGACCCCCCCGUCCAUCCACGACUGGAGCCUUGAGAGUGGAGCAGGUGAAGAACCACAGCAGGUCAACAUCACAACCUCUCAGACUGACCAUGGGUGGAGAUCAGAGCUCCACCUCCCCGCUGAAAUCCUUCAAGUUCCCAACAUCCUCUGUUGCUGCUGCUGCAGCCAAGAGGAUUGGUCGAAGUCCGUCAUCGUCAUCCAGCAUGAGGUCAGACACUUCCUCCAGCUCCCGAUUGGCCAGCUCGCUAGGUGACGUGUAUGCUGCCCAUGCGGAGGAGGACAGGAAGAUGUAUGCUUCUCUUCCUACCCCCUCCUCCUCCAUCUCCUCUCUGGCCCCGCCCUCCCUGUGUAGUUAUGGUAACGGCCCUCACGGUACACUACAUGAGGUCCACAGCGGUAUGCUGGCAGGCUCAGCAGCACCCCCUUCCCUGUCGUACGGCGCUCUAACUGCUCCAUCGGGACGCUACUUGAGCCGCUCCAUUCCCUCCCUUCAGUCUGACUAUGUCCAGUUCUAGAAGAUCCCACGUGCCCUAAACACACCUCCUUCAUGAUUACCCACAAGGCCCUGCUGUUGCUGCUAUACUUCUAACAAAGACUGAAGUUGUUUGUAAAAGAUUUAUUUAGAUACAAAUUUUUUAUUUUUAUUUUAAAGACUCUUUGAUGGAACAAUGACUGUGGUCAUGGUUACAGUGUUCACUGCAUGAUUGGCAGAGAGACAUUUUAUGGGCUGCUUUUUCUUCUUUUUAUGCUUUUAACUCAGUGCUUCUGGAAUGGGAUAAGCAGUUUUUAGAAGAUGACCAAUCACAAUAUCCUCUCAGCACACACACACACACACACACACACAGAUGAUUUUAGCAUUGUGCUAGCUUUUAGCCUUAGGAGGAAUAGUUAGCCUCUAACCGCUCUUAAAAGUUGAACUUGAUUUUAACAAAGUUUCUCUAAUGAAAAGCGCUGAUGAUGCCGGAGCUUUGAUGAAGGUCAUUAACGGAUCACAUGAUGGAUUCGGUCUUCUACCUCCUCAGUUUUGGUUUUUAAGAGCAAUGUUGGGCACUUUCAAAAUAAGAGCUGCUGGGACCAAAUCACAGUGUUGGUGUGAAAACAGAACUCACGCAAAGUUAGGGUGAAGUAACAACAUGGUGAUGAUGAAGAGGAUGAGGAUAACGACGUGUGCCAUAAAGGAGAGUUGAGUUGUUUUUAUGAAAUGAGCAAAAAAAAGUAACUUCCUGUUUAUCUUCAGUGUAAAGAUUUUAAACUAUCACAGGGCUUUUAUUUGGAAGCUUUCAGGAAGCUUUUAUUUUUUCAACUUUGAAAAGAUGUUUAUUUUCUUGCCACUGGAGAGAAUAAAUUAUUUUUGUUGA